AUGGGAAAAGCCGGUCGCAUUGCGUGUAUCUUCACGCCCUAUGUCUUGACUAUCGCGUCAUUGAUCUGCAUCAUUAUGGUGGCAUUGGGUUGCACAAAAGCCAGUUCUUCUACGUUGAACAAUUUAUACUUCAUUCGUCUUGACCUUUCGAACAUCAGUUCAGGAUCGGCACUUACAUCAGAAAUCACAGAUCGCCUCAGCGAUGCCGGUAUCACUGAUGUUACCGCAAGCGAGGUCUCCUCCACCAUCAAAACAUUGCAGGAUGAUGCCAACAUUGCUGAUUUCUACGACAUUGGUCUCUGGGGUUACUGCGAGGGAAAUUCCACCGACAACAAGGAUACCGUCUCCUCCUGCACAGAUCCUAAGGCCCAGUUCUACUUCAACCCGGCCUCAGUCCUGGGCGUGAGCGAGACCCAGCUUGAGAGCGAGCUUGGUAGCAGUAUGAAGAAGAUCAUGAAAGUCUACAAGGCCGUCUCCAAGUGGAUGUUCAUCGCCUACCUCGUCGCCUUCAUUGCUACCUGCGCUCAGGUCCUGCUUGGUAUCUUCGCCAUCUUCAGCCGCUGGGGCAGUUGUGUCACCACCAUUGUCUCCAUUGUUUCGUUCCUCUUCACUCUUGCCGCAUCUCUCACCUCCACCAUCAUGUUCUCCAUCGCAAAGGGCUCCCUCGGCACAGCACUCAAGGUCUACGGUGUCAAGGUAGGAUUGGGCAAGAACAUCUACGUCGCUACUUGGCUCGCAGUUGCUUUCUCUCUCGGAGCCACCAUCUUCUGGAUGCUCAGCACCUGCUGCUGCUCCGGCCGCUCGCCCUACAGCCACAAGGACCGCCGCAACAACCGCGGCAGCGUCACUGCAGAGAAGGCUCCCUAUACUUAUGAGCCCAUUGGUGCCGCCCACCCUCCCUUCGGUGCCCAGGAGCCCUAUGCUCCCCAGCACGGCUACAACACCUCCUACCCUCCCCCCGCCCACCACAAUGAUAUCCCCAUGACCCACAACAACCAACAGUCAAGCGCCUACGAGCCCUUCCGUCAUGCCUAA